AAAUAAUACGUUCAUUUCUUAUUUAAAAUCUUGAAGUGUACAGAUACGAGGAAUGCAGCACUUGAAAUUAGUUAUGAAAUCAAAGUUAGAAAAAUACUGCAGAAAAUUCUUUAUUAAUGAUUAGUUUGCAGUAUAAUUUAAUAAAUAUAACUAUUUGCUAAAAGAUUGCAACAAUACUCGUAAGAAUGAUAUAACACAGGAAUCGGAAACAGAGACUUGUAUUGUGUUGCAGUUGAAUUUCAGACAGCUGCCUUACCUCAGAUACGAUAUCUUUACAGAGGGAAAAAUGUGCGAAGAACUUAAGAGGGUGAUCGUUUUCUUGAUUUUGAACAUUUUUACCAAUGUUUUGGUAUUAGCGACCGGGAAUCAAGUGAAAGGAAGCGCAAAUCAGUCGUCACAAUACCGUACAUGCUCCGCAGAAAAAGCCUUCGACGGUGAAACAAUCUUCCAUGAAUCUGAAUCUCGUUGCACAUGCAGUGCUACAGCUGUUCGUCAAAUACCUCGGUGGUGGGAAAUGAAUUUUGGAUCCAAGCAUUUGAUUGGUUCCAUAAAAGUCAUCGGUCGUGAUGGUUUCGGAAGAGAGCAAAGUCAAAGCCUUGCUGCUUAUAUAAGUAAUGAUACGAUGGAAACAAACAGUGGUACAGUUGUUCACUUGCCUGAUUCGAAUACUAUUGGGUUAAUCGUGCAGUUUAAUCACGCUCCUCGGGUAGCCCAGUAUAUCAACAUAAAAAAAGAUGGUGCAAAUGACGUGAUGACUAUUUGUGAAGUAGAAGUAUUCGGAGCAAAAUGUCCGUCAGGAUAUUUUGGUGACAUGUGUGUGCGAAGAUGUCAUUGUAAGAACCAAUGUGAAGUUAUUUCUGGUCACUGCACCGAAUGUGAGCCGGGUUGGAAGCCACCUACAUGUGAAACUGCAUGCCAUUCUGGGUUCUACGAUGACUGCAAACAAGUGUGUGGGAAUUGUAAGCAGCCUCCAUGUAACAAAAUUGAUGGCUAUUGCACGGGUGGGUGUGCAGAAGGAUUUGCUGGAGAUAAAUGUGACCAAGAAUGUCCCACUGGCAGAUAUGGCGACUACUGCUCUAGGAAUUGUAGUCAACAUUGUAUUGCUGAAGAGUGUCACCGUGUCAACGGGAUGUGCAACCAUGGAUGCAAGCCUGGAUAUAAUUUCCAGAUAGAUCCAAAGUGUGAAACUCAUUAUAAGGAGGAGCGGAUGUUUACCGUCUACGAGGUUGCCGGGGUGGCUGGAGUGUCGGUAGCAGGAUGUCUUCUCCUUCUCGGACUGGUAUUUGCUUGUAUUCUUGGAUAUAGAAGAUACAAGUCGGCAUCAAAGGAAAGAGACACAACUAACGUUAUUCCAGACAUCGACUAUGUUAAUACGGGGAGAGCAUACGAAGGGCCGAACGAAGUACAGCUUCAAAACAGCGAUGAACAUAUCUAUCAGACUAUCCAGAACUGACGCGUGUCAAGAACUUUUCUCUGUGUGAGGAUGCGAUGAAAAUCAUAGUUUAUUUCAAUAGAACUGCCACAUAUUUUGUGCGUUCUUUCAUUACACGUACAUACUUAUUUGUGUUUUUCAGUGACAUGCAAACUAUUUUAUCAAACUUGAAAUCCAAGGCUGACUUUAGUUAACCCUUUAUGUUAAUGGUUAUAUUGUGGUUUAUUAUACACUCAGCUGUUAUUUGGUAUUUCAAUGUAGUUCUGAUGACCCAAAUACCCAUAAUGGAAGUUCAUGAGUCGACUUUAUUUACGGUGUGUGCACAAAUCAAAAGAGCAGAGCUACAUGGUUUAAUGUAUAACAAUAAGUCAAUGGUACCAUUUUAUACUCAAUCAUCAUUCCAAAUUGAUAUACUGCAUUGUUCAAUAUGUAUGUUUGUUGUUAUGCUUUCAUGAGCCUUUGUGUAUUGCGUAUGUUACAAAAAGGUAUUAAUAUGUAUUUAUGUAAGUGUAUAAAUAUACAUGAUAGCUUCUUUUUAAUUAGUUGCUGCAUGUUUUGUUUCUU